AUGUCCCGAGCUCCUCCAAAACCUUCUCCUACCGACCCCUCCACCUCCCAGGGCCGGAAUGAGUAUAUCCCCUCAUAUAUCUCCAAGAAGCCAUUCUAUGUUGACAAUAACCUCUCCGAUGCCGACUACCUCGAGCAUCAGCGCAUCCAAUCUCUCCCUCAAGACACCCUCUCCCAAUCAAAAUGGUACGACCGAGGCCGCAAGCUGGGCCCAGCGGCGACCAAAUUCCGCAAAGGCGCCUGCGAGAACUGUGGCGCCAUGACCCACAAGACCAAAGAAUGUCUAUCUCGACCGCGGAAACAGGGCGCCAAAUGGACUGGGCGAGACAUCCAAGCAGACGAGGUGGUGGAAGAUGUGAAUCUAGGCUGGGACGCAAAGCGCGACCGCUGGAAUGGGUACGAUGCUCGAGAAUACUCUGCGGUGGUGAAGGAGUACGAAGAGCUUGAAGCUCUGAAGAAAGCUACGGCCAGCACGAAAGGGCAGGCACAAAUCGAGAACGGCGAAGACGCGGAGGAGACCAUCAAUGAUGGUGACCCAGAAAUCGAGUCGGCCAAAUACGCCGAAGAAACCGACAUGGGCCGCAACCAGCCCACCUCAACCCGCAAUCUGCGCAUCCGCGAAGACACGGCCAAAUAUCUGCUGAACCUUGACCUGGAGUCUGCCAAAUACGACCCCAAGACCCGAUCCAUGGCAGACGUGGGCACCAGCGCCAAAGCAGGAGGCGAAAAUGCCGCGUCCAGCCUCCUAGCCGACGAGAACUUCAUGCGCUCCUCCGGCGACGCCGCAGAGUUCGAGAAGGCGCAACGCUACGCGUGGGAAACGCAAGAGAAAAGCACAGCCGGAGCCAAGAAGCUGCAUCUACAAGCCAACCCGACCGAAGGCGAGAUACUACGCAAGAAGCAGACGGAAGCCGCGGAGAAGAAACGCGAAUCGAGCCGCAAAGCCUUGCUAGAAAAGUACGGCGGGUCCGAACAUCUCCAACCCGCCCCACCGUUCAUCGCGGCAGAGAACGAGAGGUAUGUCGAGUACGACGAGAGCGGUGGAAUCAAAGGCGAGGUCAAGAAGAUCGCCAGCUCGAAAUACAAAGAGGACGUGCUCAUCAACAACCAUACUUCCGUCUGGGGCAGCUGGUGGUCGCGCUUCCAAUGGGGGUACGCGUGCUGUCAUUCGCUGGUCAAGAAUAGCUAUUGCACAGGCGAAGAGGGGAAGAAGGCGUUUGAGAUGGCGGAGAGGUUGAAGGGUGGGGACUUGCUCCUCCUGGAAAAUGGAAACCCGACGGCUGAAAGCAGAGGAGGAGGGAAAGAAGAAGACCAAGAAGCGCAUCAUGUGGACGGGAAUGGGAAGCAAAGGGCAGGGAAGAACGGAGAAGAAGCAGAAGCAGAAGCGGAAGCAGCGACGGCAGAGCCGAAAACCACGGCCAAGAAGCGCACGCUGCAGGAGAUGCGCGAGGGUGUCACGGAGGAGGAACUGGAGGCCUUCAAGCGGAACAGAGCUACGGCGGAUGAUCCGAUGGCCAAGUUCCUGGGCAGGGAUGAGCUGGUGCAUUGA